CCCCCCACCCAAUUCCUUCCCGCCCCGCACCUCCCCCACACCCCGACGCGUGCCUCCCUUCCCACACGCGCCAUUCCCUCUCCUACCUCUAAAACCACCAAAAGCCGCUCCUUUCCCCAGCGAGCUGCCAUGUACGAGGCCGUCGAUGGAGCCAAAGCCCAUGAAAUCCUCGCUCGAUUCCGCCCCAUUGCCCCCAAACCACAGCCUCCUCCGGGCCAGCUUUCGUUAUCCAAUACCCCCGCGCUUCAACUCCGCUCCCGCCGCAAACGCAGCCGCGCGCACCUCCCCGCCAAGCGCCAUAAGACCGCCACCAACACGCUCUUUCCAUGCCUCAACGCUUCGCCGCCCGAACGCAAUUUUCUCGCCCUUUCCCUUCAUCAACCGAAGGGGAAACCGCAGCCGCUCGUGGAGCGCGAUCUGCUUCAAAAGCUUCAAGAGCCUAAAAUCAUCACCCCCAGACCCGUUCGGCCCGUUGGCUCCAGCAUCAGCGUGGGUCCAAUCAACGAGCUCGUUCCAUCUUCGGCUCCACCUCCUCCCAAGAGACCCGCGGAAGUGGAAGACGAGGUUGAGUCCGAGAAGCUGCCGGCGGUCGUUUCUGACUAUAAAAACAGAGUGCGGCUAGCUAACUCUGCGUACAAGGAGUUAGUCGGCCAGCCUGAGUGCAUGUGGUUGGACUCCAUGGCUUACGGCUCUGAUUGCAAAGGCUUCGCUUUUCGACCGCUGUCGAGGAGGAUUAAUGGAGAAGUGAUGCUCGAAUUCUCCGGCGAUUCGGCCGCGCCGCCGCCGCCGUCGUUGAACGGUUUUUCGUGCAGGGUGAAGAUAGAGUGGGCGUGCAAUGGAAGAAAGAGUUUUGUUGAUGCGCCGUGCGAUGUGUGUCGAGUUUACUGCGAAUCAAAAGAGUAUCUUUUCACUUGGAAAUUUCAUGUUGGUGAAGCUUAUAGAACCGACUUCGUUUCCUAGAAUAUAUAUA